GAGCGGCGGAGUGAGACCUCCUCUCUGGUUUCCAUCAGGAGUCCAGUCAGUCACAUGACGGAGCCGGGAAUACCUCCUGACUCCCCGCGCCUCCUCUCCUCCUCCCCUCGCUCAGUCAGUCAGACUGUUUGCUCUGUCUUGUCGGGGUGUGUGUGUGUGUUGUGUGUGUAUGUGUGUGUCAGUCAGCUAAGCUAGCUCGCUCGUUAGCUAUCAUCACCAUCAAUCGCAGCGGGGAACGACGCGAACAUGGCGGACACAGCCAGGCACCCUCCGCCGGAGCACACCGACUUCCAGGAGCUGGAGGACGGGGAGGACCUGUUCCUGGAGCCGGCCGCUACACAGGAGUCAGGACCAGCCAGUCUACCUGCCGAAGACAUCAGUACCAACUCAAACGGACCCAAACAGGAUUCACUGUUUGAUGAUGAUCCGGAGGACCUGUUCGCAGAGGCAACAGAGGAGGUUUCGUUGGACAGUCCAGAGAGGGACGUCCUGCUGUCCGACGGCCCGUCGCCUGCCAUCACCCCCAUCACCCCUCCCACCUCAGUCAUCACCCCUCGCCUCGGCCUCGCCCACGACGACAUGUUCACACACUCCUCCUUCGACGAGAUUGAAGAGGAGGAAGGCGGCGAUUCAUUUGACAUGCACAUAUCAGUGUCUGACCCUGAGAAAGUUGGUGAUGGGAUGAAUGCAUACAUGGCCUACAAAGUGUCGACCAAGACCUCCAUGUCUCUGUUUAAGGAUAAUGAGUUUUCAGUAAAAAGGCGUUUCAGUGAUUUUCUGGGUCUACACAGUAAACUGGCCUCAAAGUACCUACACAUAGGCUAUAUCGUCCCCCCAGCACCGGAGAAAAGCAUUGUGGGGAUGACCAAGGUGAAGGUGGGGAAGGAGGACCAGUCGUCCAACGAGUUUGUGGAGAAGAGGAGGUCAGCACUGGAGAGGUAUCUGAUGAGAACGGUGAAGCAUCCCAUCCUGCUGAAAGAUCCAGAUGUCCUGCAGUUUCUGGAGAGCUCAGAGUUGCCGCGGGCGGUCAGCACUCAGGCUCUGAGCAGUGCCGGACUUCUCCGAAUGGUCAACAAGGCUGCAGAUGCCGUCAACAAGAUGACCAUCAAGAUGAACGAGUCAGACGCUUGGUUUGAGGAGAAGCAGCAGCAUUUUGAAAAUCUGGACGUUCAGCUGAGGAAACUUCAUGCCAGUGUGGAGUCUCUGGUCUGUCACAGGAAAGAGCUGUCAGUGAACACGGCGCAGUUCGCCAAGUCGGCGGCCAUGUUGGGGAACAGCGAGGACCACACAGCCUUGUCCCGAGCUCUGUCCCAACUGGCCGAAGUGGAGGAAAAGAUCGACCAGCUGCACCAGGACCAGGCCAACGCAGACUUCUACCUGUUCUCAGAGUUACUGGGUGACUACGUCCGCCUCAUUACUGCCGUCAAGGGUGUGUUUGACCACCGUAUGAAGACGUGGCAAAAGUGGCAAGACAGUCAGUUGCUCCUGCAGAAGAAACGAGAAGCUGAAGCCAAACUGCAGUGCACCAACAAACCAGACAAACUGCAGCAGGCCAAAGACGAGAUCAAAGAGGAGAUUGAGGAGCUGGAAGGGAAGGUCCAGCAAGGAGAGAGAGACUUUGAACAAAUCUCCAAAACCAUACGCAAAGAAGUCAGUAGGUUUGAGAAAGAGAGAGUGAAGGACUUUAAAACGAUCAUUAUCAAAUAUCUGGAGUCACUGGUUCAGACACAACAGCAGCUGAUAAAAUACUGGGAUGCCUUCUUACCCGAGGCCAAGGCCAUCUCAUAGAGUCCACACAUACACAACAGACAGUCCUGACUGGCUCUGGUCAAACUACUCUACCCAUAAUGCACCUGUCCUCCUGGGUCACCCUCAUCCUCCAGUUUAUGCCCAGAGUGAAAAAGAAAAGUGAGGCAGCGAAUCAGAGGGACUUUUCUGCAGUUAAAAAAAAAAUCAAAAACAAAACUCUCUUGAAUUCACAGUUCACCUUCUGCUCUUCCUCUUUUCCUCCUGCUGAACUCUGCUGCGUUCACGUCCUGAGAGAGUCGCUGUUGUUUCCCUGACUGAUGCCAUCACAAUUAUAACAACAAAAAAUCUGAGUUCCCAUGUGGAAUUUUUUUGUAAUCUGAAACCUGUAAUGAUUAUUAUUUUCCAAAGCUCAGAAUCCUGUAUGACAUGAAUGCAGCAUGAGUUAUGACCUCUCCUCUGCACACAAACACAUUCUAACAUGGUGGUUUUUACAACUUGAGCACUUGGUGAACUUACUUUUUCAGCAGACAUUACAUGAAUGGGUGAGUGGAGAAGUGUGUUGAGGGUAUUUGCCUUUAUUUUUAAGAAUAACCUCAGUGUUCUGACCUGUUGAAUGUAUGGAAGCACAUUCCUACCAUAGAAAGGAAAAAGAUGAAAAGUUAGAAAUGAUCAAAAUAAAAGUGGUUCAGAUCAGAGAAAGUCAAAACGAUGUGAUAGCUUGGAUUAUGGUACAGUUUUAGUGAAGAACUAAAGUCAAAAUUAUGAUACAUUAAGUCUAACAAUUACAUUUUUAGACAAAAAACAUGACUUUACAAUGUCCCCUGAUUUAACAUUUAUAUGCAGUGUAUAAAAAUAAAGGAGAACACUCUAGUUGUAAUCUGAUAUAAGUGUUUAUUCAUAAUUUGGAACAACUGUAAUCCUUAGUAUGAGUACCAAUACCUGGAGGCAUAAAUGGAUUAUAAUAAAAGAAAAUACAGUCAAACAGAGUUGUAAUAAUAUAUAAUAUGUCUUAAUGGGAGUUAAGUUAUAAUUGUCGACAAAAACCUGACUUGGAACUAUAUUAUAUUGUCUUUAAAACAAUUUCAAUCAAUACAAUCUUUGUAUUCUGCGUAGAAAUGCUAAAUCGGAGGACUUAACGUUAUCCAGAUAAAUGUUCCCAAGGUCAAGAAUGAUCCGUCACUCUCAGAUUCAUCAUAGUGUUUGCACGUGGCAUAAGAUUUAUAUAUUUAAUCAUUCCUGACUUUUCAUUUUAUCUUGUUUUCCUGGCAAGAAAAGGCUUCCAUACAUUGUUCCUAAAUAAUACAGUAGCCGUGGCAGUUGCUCUGGAGAAGGUUAGAGUCAGUUGAAGCACAUUUAAAAAAAAUGCAAAACUGUAACUUCUACCAUUUCCUUCCCCAGCAACAGAAUUUGAAGCUCUCUCAUUGGAUGUGUCCUGCUGACUUCUAGCCUUGCAACCUUUGAUUUUCUCCUUUUCACCUUUUUUUUUUAUUUUUUUUUUAUCCAGCACUACCUGUUGUUAUGCCAACAGUGCUAGCAGCUUUUUUUUUUUUUUCUUUUUCUUUUUAAAGAACAGAGCAGCAGGUGGGGACAAAAUGGGAACUUUUCUCCACUAAAAAUCUCCCAAAUAAACUUUAAGUUAGAAUGUCUGUGGUUUUAUUUUGAAGUUUGGAACGUGAGCUGUGAAACUGAUCCAGGGUCAGUGAUGAAGGACGACUGACUGCAUCCUUCCCUGUUUUGUGUCUUGUACUUCCUGUCACCUGUUCAGUCCUCUCACUUCCCCUCAUGCCUUUCAAAACAAAAGACCUUAUUUUUGUUUCUUUCUUAUUUUGUUGCUGUAUGAUCGUCAGUGAAGGCAACAUUUUUCUGACUGUCAUUUUCUGGUUCAGUUCACUGCUGCAGUCAGAUGAAAAUAAGAUACCAUUAUGUCUAGGUAUUGUUAAAACAGUGUGUAGCUAAGUCUUACUCCACACUUAAAACACUCCUGACAGGGGUUCCAGAUCUAGUUUGGGAAGCAGCUCCACGUCCAAGGAAAAGUCUUCAUUAGUAAUUCAGUACUUCAUUUAGAUAAUGUGUUCGAUCAUGCAGUUCAAAUCAACAGUCAACAAGAACUGAGCAGCAGUUCAGAACUGAACAUGAAAACUUCGAACAGUACCUUGAUGUUUUUCUUCUUAUCUCUUUUCCUCAAAGAGGAGAGACUUUGAUGUUUUGAAUUUUGGUUUAAUAAAUUUAACUGGAAAUUAAAGAUUGCUUCUUAGCGUCUUUAGCACUUUCAGUUUCGGCAGCUUGUGAUGUUAACGAGCAGUUUUCGCUGCAGAGGAAGGAUUUUCUGUUGAAGGAGACUGAACUGAAGCCAAAAUUCAGAGUGUCCGGGUAGUUUCAGGAGCAGAGGAAGUGAGUGACUGUCAGGUGACAGACUGCGUGUCCGUCCAGAGAGCAGCCUCAGACUGUGAGGAUUAUUUUUGCAGGCGGUUUCUCUUCCUAUUGAUCAGUGUGAGGGCUGCAGUUAUAAAUACUGAACUGCAAAUUUUACUCUUCUUGAUUUCAUUUUGUUGAAUUUAAAGCACAUUUCAUUAUGAGAAGAUCUCACAUCCCGAAUCUGUCAGAGAAACUACAAAUCUGACAUUUUCAUCUCUUA